UCAUCCGCUCGACCAUGCCGUUCCAUUCUUGGGAUUUUCUCGCCGCUCUGCAGGCGAGCAACCCGGACGGGGCGGAUAAGCCUUGGCGCGCGGGCAAGAUGGUCAAGUCGGGCGAGAAUUUCUUCAAGGACAACCCACACGGGUAUGCCGUCAACUGUGGAGAGGAGGAUGACGAGACCCCCGCGAAGCAGCCCUACCAGCCUUCUACUCGCGACGUCGAGUUUGGAAAGCAGGUGCUGGGCCAGUGGCUGGCCUUCAUCAAGACGGGGAAGCCCGGAUGGGAUGCCGUCAGCUCGAGCGACUGGUCGGACUACCAGCACGGCAAGAUCACCGACAAGCCCGCCAUGACGGUGCCGAGCUACAAGCAGCCGGCGUGCGACAACCUCAAGAAGGCUGGGGUGGACAUCAACUGGUGGUGGGUCAACUGA